GGCUCUGGGUCUCUGUAAAGCAUCUAGAGACAAUUUUGAGUGUAUAAGGUGCUAUAUAAAUAAAUUGAAAUUGAAAUGAACCAUCAGGAAUAAAGAGAGCAGUACAUUAGCUUAAUAAGACAGUUCACCCACAGUCAAAAAUACAUACAGUAUUUUUACUCUUACCUGGAGUGCUAUUUUUGUUGAAUGGAAACUUCUACCUUCAGUGUCAACAGUUUCCACUGAACGAAAGAGUUUAGAGAAACACAGAUGUGGGCAAACAGGAGAACCAAAACAGUUUCAGGUAAGAUGUGUCAUUUUUACCCAGGAGAUUUGCACUUGAGAGAUUUGCACACAUGCUAAAUUCAUUUCCUGGAAUUAUCUGUAGGGUUAUUAUUAAAUUGUCUAAGAGCAUUUAUAAUAUAUGCAAACAAUUCUUUUAUUUUGCUGCUAUCUCAAUCUAGUAAUGUCUCAUACUAGGCACUAUGGCAUACCGGAAAAAAUAAAAUAAGGUCUUGGUGCCACUGAGCAGGUCAAACAUUUUUGGAUCCCUCUGUAAUGAAUAACUGAAACCAGAGACAGAAACAGCAUGCAAACUUUCACCUUGAGUAAGACCAUUGUUGUAUUUUUGUCAUCAGAAAUAAAGAACAGCCAAGUAGCUCCUAUAAGCCACACAUGCCAGAUGUGCACAACACAGGCACACAGAAUGCAGAAUGUGCACUUGUUUCUGUUGGGUUUAAAAACCAUAUUGCAACACAUUAUGCAAAACAUAAACUCUCCUCAGUGUUAUGAAUCUAACUGCCGUUCUUUGAUGAAAAUAACUUAUGAGCCUGGGACACGGCACAUAAAUACCAGGGCAUGGGCCCCGGUAAAAGGGGACUGGUGACGGGCAUGUGCCACUCCAACUGCAGCACAUUAGUCUGUUUUAGUUCAGCCCUUUUUGGUGACGCAGGUUUUGUAAAACUCAGCUGCAGUGAACACUUUAGCGUCACUCAGAGCUUCUUGUGCUCCUUGUUAUCCUCCUUCCUCUGCAAACCUAGACUGCACUGGACAAUCCCCAGUCAUGAGCAAUGAAGAAGACCAAUAUUUGCUCUUCCUGGAUCUACUCGGUGAAAGUGAUAACACAACUGACAUGAGUUACGUGGUCAGUAAUAUUGUCCAGUUCUGUUCGAAGAAGAAUGUCAACCAGUUUGGUGCGAGAUUCAUCCCAGCUUUUUACUAUGUCAACUUCAUCCUGAGUUACUUUGGCAACGGACUAGUUCUGUUCAUUAUUUUCAAGUAUGAGAAGCUCAACACGGUGACCAACAUCUUACUCCUGAAUUUGGUCUUCUCCAACAUUCUCUUUGCCUCCAGUCUCCCCUUCUGGGCGACAUAUCAUCUGUCUGAGUGGAUCUUUGGCGUUUCUCUGUGUAAGAUAGUCAGCAGUGCUUAUUUCAUUGGCUUCUACAGCUCCAUCCUCUUCCUCACACUCAUGACAUUUGACCGAUAUCUUGCAGUGGUGCAUGCAGUCGCAGCAGCCAAGAGCAGGAAAAGGGCAUAUGCCAUUAUGGCAUCAGUGACAGUUUGGUGCGUCAGUAUUGUAGCAAGUGUGAAAGAGUUAGUUCUCCAAAAUGUCUGGGAGAGUCCCUCCAAUGGGCUGAUGUGUGACGAGUCAGGAUACCCUGGGAGCAUCAUGGAUCACUGGCGUCUGUUCAGUUAUUACCAACAAUUCCUACUCUUCUUCCUUCUCCCUCUGUUCAUGGUAAUGUACUGCUACAUCAGCAUCACUGUCCGCAUCCUGUCCACUCGCAUGAAGGAGAAGUGCCGCGCCAUCAAGCUUAUAUUUGUCAUUAUAUUUACCUUCUUUGCCUGCUGGACACCAUAUAAUGUCGUCAUUCUCCUUCGAGCUGUUCAGAUCUCCAGCACCAGUGAGAAUGAAGACUCAUGUUCGGACAGUUUGGACUAUGCACUGUAUGUGACCCGGAACAUAGCCUAUUUGUAUUGUAGCAUUAGUCCUGUGUUUUACACUUUUGUGGGAAAAAAGUUCCAGAGUCACUUUAGAAGGCUGAUGGCAAAGAAGAUCCCCUGUCUGAAAAGACACAUUAGCCUUAGCAGCCAGAGCACCAGAACCACAUCUCAGAGGACGCCACACUCUGCUUAUGAGUACUAGACAGACAGACAGACAGACACCAUCACUAGCAAUGAUGUACCCAAUCCCCCCAAACAUGAAAACCAAAUUUCUUCCAAGAUUGCGCAAUGUGAGCAGCAUAUCAGUCCAUCCAUCUUCUUCCGCGUCGUCCGGAACCAGGGGGCAGCAGCUUGAGCAGGAAUGCCCAGCCUUCCCUCUCCCCGGACACUUCCUCCAGCUGGACCCCAAGGCGUUCCCAGGCCAGCCAAGUGACAUAGUUCCUCCAGCGUGUCCUGGGUCUUCCUUGGGGCCUCCUCCCGUUGGGGCAUGCCCGGAAUACCCUCCAGGAAGGCGUCCAGGGGGCAUACUACAUACAUAUCAACUGCACCAUCUGUUCAAAAUCCUCAACUUCCACUGUAUCGACUGUUGGACCCUCUAUUCUCCCAUAUUCCCAUAUAUGGAACUGCUUCCUCACUGGACUGAGACCAGAUGUCAUGAUCUGCUGUCAAUGAGUCACAGUUUUUUUCAGUUUUCCCCUGAGGUUUUUGAGAAAAAGGAUUUUUUUUUUUGUGGCUUAAUUUUUGCUGAAGAAGAUUUUUGUUAUUGAACUUUUUUUUUUGUGGACUCCUUUGACCUGCCCCACCCCCCUGGUGGCCAUUUAACUGUCUCUGCAAAGCUUCCCCGUACCUUAUUAAUACAGUUUUUGCUCCUUAUUGACUUUGUCCCGUGUGCUGCAUUUGAGUCCAUAUAACUGCCCCAUUUCAAAGAGCAUGUACAUACCUACUGUUUUGGCUAAUGUGGGCAGAAUGACAGAUUGAAGCACAUGCAGUACAGGCUGAGAACGAGAUCAAGAAGAAGAAGAAGAGAAAGGACAAGGUGAACACUUGCUUGCUGAUGGCACAGAUACUAACCUUUGAGGUGACUCAAGGCAAAAGGCAGAGGAUGGCAGAGCCAGAGGUGGAAGAGGAUGCAGAAACAAAGGCUAUAGUGAUGGUUGUUUUGUCUGUGCCAAAUACUGCUCCAAGAAAGAAGGGAAAGCAUUGGACUAAGUGGUGGUGGAGCUGGGAAAAGGUUACCACAGGCAAAGAUCAACCAACAUGUGAGAACACCAAAAAUGACAGACAGAUAUUAGUGAUGCAAGCAAUUUCACAAGUGGCGACAAAAAUCAGAAGAAUGUGGGACAAAGAAGGGAUUCUAUAUGAAUUUGAUCAUGAAAGAUAAUCAAAACUGAGAAUAAGCUGUCGCUACAGAUAUUAGGUAAAUAUUAGGUAUAAUUUUUAGUUGACUCAGGUGCUGGUCAAUUUGUAAUAAUGUCAAAGGAAGUUGACCGUCACUGAGAAUGAGUGACAGAUUUGAUUUGACUGAAAAACGUUUGUUUUUACUGUCACUGUGCUGUCCUAUUAAUUUGCAUGGAAGAGAGAUGUGCAGACUAGGCAUAGUCUUGUGCAGGAUCUAUACAUAGUCAACUAGUGCAGAAAGCACACACAGGCACAGACUUAAAAUUAACAUUACUUGCUUACUAUACCCAGGAAGAAAUACUUAUUUUCAGGCUUUGCAUUGUCAGAAUUACAUUUACAUGAUUUUAAAAUGAUUUUAAAAUUUUGAUUUUGCAAUUUCAAUUUUCAAUUUUGUUUUAUGAUUUUUAAUGUUCUUAUACUUUACGAUCAGGUUUAAAAUGUUUCAUUGAGUGAGCAUAGAAUGCUCAAAAGAGGGACAUGUAAUGGAAAAAUCUAUUUUAAACUGUUUGAGUUUUGUUCCACUCACUACACUCUAAUACUGUGUGUCAUAGUUAGCGGAUACUAGGUGCUCCUGGCUUAUUUAGUUCCUCUAAACCUUGUAACUACACAUAAAUCCUAAGUCAGGGAGAGGUAGCAACUGACAAUUGAAUUUUUUACAGUAUGAGCAAGCAACUAACUAUUUAGCAAAGGCAGCAAGUUGACAGAUCAACGCUCUUACAUUCUCUUUUCUGUGUGUAAGAAACUGUAGAAAGAGUUCUUUUGUUUUUGUGCUAGCUGUGGAUGUUACUGAUCUCUGUAUGCAUUGGACCCAGUUGCGAGUCCUUAAAUAAAAUUGCACAAAGUCA